GGGUUCCGUCCAAGUCUCUAGCAAAAUUGCAAACUACUUGCAAACGAUGGUACGCUUUAUUCAAAGAUCCAAAGUUCGUGAAGAUGAACAACAUCUUGCGUAAAGCAUCGAAAGAGGUGAUGUUCCUUAUAGACUAUAGGGUUUAUUCGAUUAGAGUUAACAGAUUGCGCAACCGCUUCCGUAACAAAUGCAUUGAGUAUGCAUCCAUCGAGUUUACAGGGAAACUUACCCGUCUUGAAGAUUCAAAAGAGUUAAAGUUAUCUCGAAUCUUUCACUGCAACGGAUUGAUAUUAUGCUGCAUGGAGGAUUUCGAAAGUCUUGUGGUUUGGAAUCCUUGUACCGGUGAAACCAUGAGUAUCAAACCCAAAAGUUUUUACCAGUGGAAUGAUAGUUAUGCUUUUGGAUGUGGAAACAGCGAAUCUUCUUGCCCCAACUACAAAAUUUUGAGGUGUAGCAGUUAUUAUUGCAAAAACAGUGAGCAACGUAUUUUUAACUGUGAGAUUUAUGAUUUCAGCUCUGAUUCAUGGAGGGUUCUUGCUGGUGUGACCUGGAGGAUACAUUGUUCUGACAAUGUUGUUUCGCUGAAAGGAAAUGCUUACUGGAUUCAUUUUGAUAGAGAAGCUCGCCAUAAUGUCCUACUCAGUUUUAAUUUCACAACGGAGGUAUUUGUGUCUAUGCCUCUUCCGGAUCAGAGUGAUUAUAGACAUUUGGGUAUAUCGGUUGUUAGAGAAGAACGCCUCGCAGUUUUACAUCACAAUAUUGGUACAUCCUUGACAGAGAUGAAUGUAUGGUUGAGCAAUAAGAUUGAUGAAGCCAAAGAGGUGUCAUGGAGCAAAUUCUUAGCAGUGAGCUUUGAUAACUUUAAGUAUCCAAGUUACGUGAAAGGGAUGACUUUUUGGGUGGACGAUGAGGAUAAAGUGGUAGUAACUUGUAUUAGAGACAGAUACAAUUAUGAUUACGUUUUCAUUGUAGGAGAACGUUUGCAUAAACAAGUUUUUGGUAAAUCUUGGAUUUGGCCAUGUCUCCUGAGUUAUGUUCCAAGUUUGGGUCACAUCCCCAAGACGAAAAAAGAAGAAACAUUGUAA